UAUGCAAAAAAAUGUUAUUUUAUUUGACGUAUGUAUUUCACUGUAUGGCGUAGACUGAAAAAUAAUUGCAGUACCUACGAGAAUCGAAUAAAACUUCCUGUGAUGAUAUCAUUCAUAUACUAAUACAUUUACAAUUGCAUAUUGUGGAACAUUGUGAAGCUAUUCCAAGUAUUUCAUGUACCUUGUGUAUCUGAAACAAUGGCGAAAACGAAAGUUACAGGAGCUACUAGAAGGCUCAAGCAAGAUUAUUUCAGGCUGAAAAACGACCCCGUACCAUAUGUUACCGCCGAGCCAGUGCCGUCAAAUAUCCUGGAGUGGCAUUAUGUGGUCAAAGGUCCUGAAAAGAGCCCUUACGAGGGCGGAUACUACCAUGGGAAAAUCAUAUUUCCUCGUGAGUUUCCUUUCAAGCCGCCCUCUAUCUACAUGAUCACACCAAAUGGAAGGUUCAAAACAAACACUAGACUGUGCCUUAGUAUUACAGAUUUCCAUCCCGAUACGUGGAAUCCAGCGUGGUCCAUAUCGACAAUUCUAACUGGGUUACUAAGCUUUAUGCUUGAAAAAACACCAACAUUGGGCUCGAUCGAGACGUCAGACUAUCAGAAGCGAUGUUUGGCCGCCGAGUCCUUGGAGAUCAACUUGAAAAACAAAAUGUUUUGUGAAUUAUUCCCAGAUUAUGUGGAAGAGAUUGAGUUGCAGCUGAAGCAGCGACAGGAAGCUAUGCUGCACUCUGUCAACACACACAUGAACAGUGAAAGUGACAUGACGACGACAGAGCAGCAGUCGAGCCUGUACUACAUUCUGACCAAUUUGUUUGUGCUUGUUGGCUUUGUUUUCCUUGCAUACAUGGUCAAAUAUGUACUUGUGUCAAUAUCUAACGACUAGGCAGCAUAAUGUAUUUUAUGUAAAUAUUGUAAUUUAUUUUGUAAAUAAAUAUUCCAAUCAAGGCACAUAGUGAUAUUAAAUGGGGGUGAACAGUUGCAAAUUUGUCUUUGGAAUGUAAAAUUGCUGAUUGCCCUAUAACUUUUUAUACUGGCUGAUGUUACUCUGGUAUGUAUUAAAUUAAUGUCAGUAAGUUUAUUAAGUUAGAGCUCCAUUAGGAUUGAGAAUUCAAAGUGAAUAUCACAGAUUUUAUUACUUUCACUUGAACAAACAAUUGUAUAACUAUAAUCAUUAUGUACAUGAUGUACUGUUUGGUUUCGUAGUCUGCAAAAAUAAUUAUGUUCUUGCUGAUGAGUCAUUUCUUUUUUGACAAAUUAGUAAGAAAAUUUUAGAAAUUUACACUUUUUUUUGGUUAAGCUGAAAAUUUUUGUUUGAAGGUCUACUUUUUUCAUAAUAUUGUAUUCAAAAUUACAAUGUAGGAUUAUAGUUUUCAGUCCACAAUAAGAUUGGACUUACAAUAUAACUAGGCGCACAUGAUGGUGGACAUUCCUAAAAUAAGUAAUGUAUAUUGUGUGAAAAUCACAUUAUUUAAAAACUGUAAAAUUGAAAAAAUUCUUCAACAUGAAUAUUAUAAUUAUAAAUUGUUAUAAAAUGACAGUUAAAGUGUAGUCAAAAUUGAUAAAUUAUAAAUAAUAUAAUUUUGUUAUAUGUAUAAGCAUUUAUGUCUGAUUCCAUGAGGGAAGACUGUAAGUUUAUUUCAAAUUUAAUUCAUUUAGACAUCAUUUUGUAUUAUAUUUUAACAAGGAAUAAUAUCUGGAAGCAGGUAUUAAAGUUUUUUUAGUUUUAGUUUCCUUGUUUGUCACUUAGUCAACAUCUCAUCAAAUUACUCUAAUUUUCUGCAAAUUCACCUCUAUUACCGCGUCGAAGGGUUCCAUGUAGGGUAACUUGAUAUGGGGUUAACAACAUGGGUUUAUGUACAGAAAACAAUUCCCUUCAAAUUAGCCAUCUUAUCUAUAGAAGGCCUUUUUGGUACUUCCCUUUAAUUUACAUCUCAUUUAUCAGCAAUCUAUUCUAGGUACUUUAUUGCCUAGUUAAUAUAAAAACAAGAUUCAAAAGGCAUAACUUUUCACAACAAAUAAAAAUCGCCUUUCGUAAGCCUGGCCUAUUCAUAGUAAGCCUUUGAUAUGGCUCAUGCGCAAAAGGUCUCUUUCGACAAAAAGUCGCGCCAGGGACUUAAAAUAAAUUCUUAAAGACACCUUCUUGGUAGUUACCUUUUCCCACUUUCUCCGUGGGGUCGGCACAAUAUUUUCUGUCACAUGCCUUCUCACUUUCUACUAUCUUUUACGCCGUCUAUCCAUCUCUUUUUUGGUCUUUCCUUAUUUCUUAAACCUUUCACUUUCAUAUUGGGCUCUUUUAGUAACAAGACCUUCCUCUCUUCUCAUGAUAUGUCCGUACCAACCCAGCUUAUUACCAUUCAUCUUUUCAUUUAUUGGCACUACUUUCAUACUUCCUCUUAUGCACUUGUUACGUAUUUUAUCCAUUCUUUUCACUCCACACAUCUCCUCUAUCUUAACAUUCCCAUCACACUUGCAUGCAGUUUCCUUUCAUCCUUCUCUUUCGUUGCCCAACAUUCUAAACAAAGAAAAAAUCUUAUUUUUUUUAUUAUUACAUAAUGAUUUUGCUUUGAAAAUUUGUACUUAAAUUAUGUAUAUUUAACCUAGUCCCUGGUGCGAUAUUGUGACAUUUUGCGAAAACGACCUUUUGCGUAUCACAAAUAUGUAUUUUAAAAUAUUAUAGAAGGCAUGACAUACAUUACAUUUCUGUAAUUUACUUAAUUUGUAGGUAGUUAACUUUUGUUCCUUUUGAAUAUCGUUACCAUGCUACUGUCAAGUGGUAAUUAAAAACUUGUCUAAAAUGUAUCCGCUUGUUUCAGGGUUGAUGUUUAAACACAGUAAAGUGUUAUUUUUUU